AUGAACAUCCGUCUCACCUUCCAUAAGAUCCUCAGGAUCGCUGAACUCGUCGACCUGCUCCUCCUUGUUCGAGUGAAUAUCCCGCAUAUGCGCCUCGAAAGUCUUCUGUCUGCGAAACGUUUUGUUGCACUGGAUGCAGGUCAAGUUGAGCAAACUGCUGAGGAGGCUUUCGUGGCGCUCCACCGACUCCACCGGAGGCGGUUGUGGCUCGUCGUGGACGUCGUCGUUUUCUGCAGGCGGUUCUUGCUUGGUCACCACUUGGACGACGGUAGAUGGCGGGCCGGUCGGCAGGCCGCCACCGCCGGGUUCUCUGCUCACAAGACAUUUAUCAUCAAAAGGAAGCUUGCUAAAAAGCUGAAGCAAAACAGGCCUAUUCCUCAAUGGGUAAGAAUGAGGACAGGGAACACAAUCAGAUACAAUGCCAAGAGGCGUCAUUGGCGUAGAACCAAGCUGAAGUUGUAAACCUGUGCUAUAUUAAUGAUAGAUUUAAUAUAAUUUCUUAAAUGAGGUGUGCGACGUUUGGUGAAUAAAUGAGUUGUUAAAAAACAGGACA